GCUCCUUUUCUCUUACUGCUCCUCUGUUUCCUCUCUAAGUUACCAGGUAAAGACAGUGUGAAAACAUUUGGAUGGGUAACUUUGCAGAAAACACAGUCUGUCACCAUCCCAUGUUUCUACAGUGAGAAAUAUAAACAUCAUGUGAAAUACUUGUGUAAAGGGUACAUAUGGUCAAGAUGUCAUACCAUGGUACGUACUGACUCACCACAGAGGAAAGGUAAGGUGUCUAUCACUGAUAACCCCGACCAGCUGGUUUUCACUGUGACCAUGAGGAAGCUACAGGAGACGGACUCUGACUGGUACUGGUGUGGAGUGGAGUCUGACCCUGUGGACGACUGUACGCCUCUUUUCUUAGAAGUAAGGAAAGGCAUUCAAAGUGUGAGAACUAGAAGCUGGAUAUCAGCAGAGAGUGGAAUGUCUGUCACCAUCCGAUGUCACUAUGAUCAGAAAUAUAAACACCAUGUGAAAUACUGGUGUAAAGGGUACACAUGGUUACACUGUACUACCAUAGUACGCACUGACUCACCACAGAGUAAAGGUGAGGUGUCCAUCCAUGAUGACCCAAACCAGCUGGUCUUUAAUGUGACCAUGAGGAACCUACAGGAGAAGGACUCUGAUUGGUACUGGUGUGUGGUGGAGAUUGAUUGGGGAUCAGAUGAUGGUGUGUUCCUGCAACUCAUGGUGAAGACCAGGGUUUCCAAAACCAAUGCUUUAUUUAAAAAACCACAGCAUGCGACAUCUACUAAACAUUCAGAUAUUUUGAGUUCCACUACAAGCCACCCAACAGGAUGGGAAAGUGCCACAUUUAUCUAUACUUCCUUGAGCCCCACCGUAACUGUGGAGGAAUUUAACUCUACAAAUCCAGCAAAGUAA